GAGAAAUGUAUAAAAGAUGACUAGACAGCCACAUUUGCAUCAGUCUCUCACAAGAAGCCGAACGAUCCCUAAUAAAAAUGAAAUUCAUCAUCUUAGCCGCCCUCGUGGCCGUCGCCGCCGCCCUCCCCGUCGACGAGAAGCCCGUCGAGACCCUCCGCUCUGUUUCUGACCAGCAGGCCGACGGUGGAUACAACUUCGCUUUCGAGCAGUCCGAUGGAGUCAAGCGCGAGGAGACUGGUGUCGUAAAGGAAGUCCUUAACGAGGACAACGAGCCCCAGAAAGUCGUUGUUGUCCGUGGCUCUUACAGCUACAUCAACACUGAAGGCAAGGAGGAGUUCAUCAACUACACCGCUGACGAGGAAGGCUUCCACCCCGAGGGACCUUCUAUCCCCGUUGCCCCCGUCGCCAGGAGAUAAACACUGAGGCGCAGCCGCUAAUCAACUGUUAUCGAAAACAAGUCGUUUUAAGACGCGACAUAACAUUCUCGUUUCUUGACUCCGAUAAUGUUUAAGCCUACCAUGACUUAGGAGCGGAUGACAAAACAUUAUUUUGUUCUGUUUUUCCUGUUAAGUUUUUGCAAUGUGAUUUAAUGUAAAUAAAGUUAAAUUUAUUACAAAACUGCC